UCCAUUCCAGUCAUUGGACAAUGCCGGAAUUUCCCAUAAAACAUAAACCAAUAAAUUUUGAAAAGAAGGUGCCACGAAACCAACGCUUAAUGUUCGUUGUUUAUAAUAUAUAUGUUUGAUAGUUUAAAAUAUAUUCCAAUCCGUCAAGUGAUAGAGACUCACUUUGUCCAAUCCAAUCAAUCUAAAUUUUUUUAUUCAGAUGGCUAGCAGCAGCAACUCAUCCAUAGCUAUGGUGACAUCUAGAAGGAGAAAUCAUUACGACGUGUUUAUCACCUUUAGAGGCGAUGACACUCGCAACAAUUUCACUGGUUAUCUAUUAGAUGCUCUUAAAACAAACGGUAUUUAUGCAUUUAGGGAUGACACCAAUCUUCAAAAAGGUGAAUCCAUAGGACCUGAGCUCCUUCGAGCAAUCGAAGGAUCCCAGGUUUUCGUUGCAGUAUUCUCAAGAAACUAUGCUUCCUCAACAUGGUGCUUGCAGGAAUUAGAAAAGAUAUGUGAAUGUGUUCAUGUAUCAAGAAAACACAUUCUUCCAGUUUUCUAUGAUGUUGAUCCUUCUGAGGUGCGAAAGCAAAGUGGGAUUUAUGGUGAAGCCUUUACCAUACAUGAACAAACAUUCCAACAAGACUCUCAGAUGGUGUCAAGAUGGAGGGAAGCCCUAAAACAAGUGGGGAGUAUCGCUGGUUGGGAUCUAUGUGAUAAGCCACAAUCUGCAGAGAUUAGAAUGAUUGUUCAGACGAUAAUGAAUAUAUUGGAGUGCAAAUCUUCAUGGGUUUCAAAAGAUUUAGUUGCGAUUAAUUCUCCUAUAGAAGCCUUACAAAGUCAUUUGCAUUUGGAUUCGGUUGAUGGAGUUCGUGCAAUAGGAAUUUGUGGAAUGGGAGGAAUAGGGAAAACAACCCUUUCUAUGGCUUUAUAUGAUCAAAUAUCCCAUCGAUUUAGUGGAUCUUGUUUUAUUGAAGAUGUUGCCAAAAAAUUUAGAUUACAUGAUGGUCCCCUCGAUGCACAAAAGGAAAUCCUACUUCAAACCGUCGGAAUAGAAGACCAUCAUAUAUGCAAUCGUCACCGUGCAACUAAUUUGAUACAAAGUAGGCUACGUCGUGAAAGGGCCCUUCUUAUUCUUGAUAAUGUAGAUCGAGUUGAACAAUUGGAAAAAAUAGGUGUGCAUCGUGAAUGUUUAGGCGUAGGUAGUAGAAUUAUUAUCAUUUCUAGAGAUGAGCAUAUAUUGGAAGAGUAUGGAGUGGAUGUAGUCUACAAAGUUCCACUCUUGGAUUGGAAUGAAGCUCACAUGUUAUUUUGUCGAAAAGCUUUCAAAGAAGAGAAAAUUAUUAUGAGAAAUUAUGAAAGUUUGGUAUAUGAGAUACUGGAUUAUGCUAAUGGUCUACCGUUAGCAAUUAAAGUAUUGGGCUCAUUUUUGUUUGGUCGUAAUGUGACGGAAUGGAAGAGUGCAUUGACUAGAUUAAGAGAAAGUCCAGAUAAUGAUGUCAUGGAUGUGCUGCAGUUAAGUUUUGAUGGUCUAAAGGAGACUGAAAAAGAAAUAUUUCUUGAUAUUGCUUGUUUUUUCAACCGCAAAUCGGAAAAAUAUGCUAAAAACAUUCUAAAUUGUUGUAGAUUUCAUGCUGAUAUUGGAUUAAGAGUUCUUAUUGAUAAAUCACUUAUGAACAUUAAUGGUCAAAAUCUUGAAAUGCAUUCUUUGUUGGAAGAGCUAGGCAGAAAAAUUGUGCAAAAUAGUUCAAGCAAAGAGCCAAGAAAAUGGAGCAGGUUGUGGUCCACAGAACAACUCUACAAUGUUAUGUUGGAGAAUAUGGAAAAGCAUGUUAAAGCCUUAGUUUUGAAUGAUGAAGAGGUUGGAUUGAAUGUUGAACACUUGUCAAAAAUGAGUAAUCUUAGAUUGCUCAUCAUCAUGUGGGGUGUGAAUAUCUCCGGAAGCCUAUUGAGUCUUUCAAACAAAUUAAGAUAUGUUCAGUGGACUGGAUAUCCUUUCAAAUAUUUGCCAUCAAAUUUUCACCCCAAUGAACUUGUAGAAUUGAUCUUGCAUAGUAGCAACAUUAAACAACUAUGGAGAAAGAAGAAGUAUCUUCCCAAUUUGAGGGGAUUGGAUCUACGAUACUCCAAAAAACUAGUAAAGAUAGUAGAUUUCGGAGAGUUCCCGAAUCUUGAGUGGUUAAAUUUGGAAGGAUGUAUCAGCCUUUUGGAGUUGGAUCCAUCUAUUGGACUUCUAAGAAACCUUGUUUACUUGAAUUUAAAAGAUUGCAAAAAUCUUGUAAGCAUACCCAACAACAUAUUCGGUCUAAGCUCUCUUAAAUAUCUAUAUAUGUGGAACUGUCACAAAGCGUUUACCAAUCAAAGGGAUUUGAAGAACCCGGAUAUAAGUGAAAGUGCAUCACAUUCUCGAUCAUAUGUGUUGUCAUCCUUGCAUAGCUUAUAUUGUUUGCGUGAAGUUAACAUUAGCUUUUGCCGUCUAAGCCAAGUGUCAUAUGCAAUUGAAUGUUUAUAUUGGCUAGAAAUAUUAAACUUAGGGGGAAACAAUUUUGUGACACUACCUAGCCUGAGAAAGCUGUCCAAACUUGUAUAUUUAAAUUUGGAGCAUUGCAAGUUGUUGGAAUCUUUGCCUCAACUUCCUUUUCCUACCAAUAUUGGGGAGGAUCAUCGUGAGAACAACAACAAGUUUCAUGACCUUUUUACUAGAAAAGUUACACAAUUGGUCAUUUUCAACUGUCCAAAAUUAGGUGAAAGGGAACGUUGCAGUAGCAUGGCAUUUUCAUGGAUGAUACAAUUCAUCCAGGCAUACCAACACUUUUACCCUGCGUCCUUAUUUGAAGGGAUUCAUAUUGUUACUCCAGGAAGUGAAAUACCAAGUUGGAUUAAUAAUCAGAGCGUGGGUAGUUCAAUACCAAUAGACAGAUCUCCUAUUAUGCAUGACAAUAACAAUAAUAUCAUUGGCUUUGUAUGUUGUGCAGUGUUUUCCGUGGCACCUAAUCAAGAGAUCCUUCCGUGGAUAGCCGAUAUAAAAUUGGUUAUUGAUUCUCUUUCUUCCUUUAGUGUUCCAGUAAUUCUUAAGAGAUAUCUUAUUACGACCAAAUCAAGUCAUCUAUGGAUAAUCUACCUCUCUAGAGAGUCCUAUGAUAAAUUUGAAAAAAUCAGUUGUUACAUUGUUGGGGGUGAAGAUUUGGGUAUGGAGGUGAACAGUUGUGGAUAUCGUUGGGUAUGUAAACAAGACCUACAAGAGUUCAAUUUAACAAUGAUGAAUCACAAAAUAUCCUUGGCUCCGAAGUGUAAGAUUAUGGCAAUUGAACAACCAGAACAAGAAGGUCAUGAAGAGUCUCAACCUGACACGUUUGGAUUUGUAAAAUGUAACAGAAGAAGUGCAGGAGGAACAAACUUCCCCAGGUUUCAAUUUAUUAUACCAAAGAAAGCGAUCAAGUUGAAGAGAAAUAAAUCUCGAACCUCCAUAUCAGCCACAGAAACAGAAGUAUCCGCGGAGGCACCGGAUUCACCUGUUGCAGAUGAAGUUUCUACUGAAUCUCAACAGAAAAAAAUCUCGAACCUCCAUAUCAUUGGUCGAUUCAUUGGUCGGUUCCUCAGCAACUGUUGCCAACAAGGUAACACGGAUACGGACACGGACACCGUAGAUUCAGAUGCUGAAAGUUUGGUUUCUCAGGAAGAUUCAGAUGCUGUAAUUUCAAUUAUUGAAGAAGCUAUUCAGACAGAUAUUGCAACAUGCAAUGUCGAAACUGACUUACCAGUUGGUCGGUUCCUCGACAACUGUUGCCAACAAGGUAGCACGGAUACGGACACGGACAUCAGAUACGACACAGACACUGUAAACUCAGAUGCUGAAAGUUUAGUUUCUGAAGAAGACUUGGAUGCUGUAAACAAUUACCUCAAAUGCACCAGCUCCUCAAGAAGGAGAAGGUGACAAUGAUAGAGCUGUUCCAGAGAACAAUGAGAUCGGUGCUAGUUUGACAGGACAAAGUGGUGAUUUGUCUUCUGAGAGAAUCUUGAAUAAAGAUGUAAAAGAAGAAAACGAUCAAGUUCCCUCUCCUGAAAGUCCUGCACCUGAAGAAGUGCCAGAACAAACACCAGUAGCAUCACAAGUUGAAGAAGUUGCAAUUGCAUUAAAAAAAAAGAAGUGUAUCUAACUCUAACAGACAAACUGGCAUUACAACUUUAGAUGAAGUCCUGAGCAAAGCAACUAUAUCACCAGCACUUGUGAAGCAACUUCGGGACGAAACAGGAGCUGGAAUGAUUUGGACUGCAAAAAUGCUCUAUCAGAGAGUGAAGGUGACAUUAUCAAAUCACAGGAACUCCUUAGGAAAAUAGGCUUAGCGAGUGCAGACAAGAAAGCAUCCAGAGCAACUGCCGAAGGAAGGAUCGUUCUUGAUCUUGUUGGUUCUUUUGUUUAAAACGUCACCAAUGUAGGAUCAUACUUCAUUUUUAAUGUAUGUUCCCAAAAGUCUAGCCGACCAUUUUAAAAGGAAAUCAACGGUACUGGUCUCAGCCUUUUUGGUUAAGCAACUGCGAGAAGAAACCGGUGCAGGGAUGAUGGACUGUAAGAAAGCUCGUGCCGAAACAGAAGGUGAUCUUGAAAAGCCGCAAGCAUAUCUCAUCAAAAAGGGUCUCUCAUCCGCUGAUAAGAAAUCCGGGAGACUAGCAGAAGAAGGAAGAAUCGGUACAUAUCACUCGCGAUUCACACAUUGGUGUUCUAAUUGAAGUGAACGGUGAAACCGACUUUGUUGGCAGAAGUGAGAAAUUUAAGGAGUUGGUUGACGAUCUUGCAAUGCAAGUAGCUUUUUGGUCCACAGGUUCAGUUUGUUACGAAGGAAAUCUUUCUCUUCUAGAGAAGCCUUUCAUUAAGGAUGACAGUGUUUCAGUGAAAAACUUGGUGAGGCGAAGUAUAGCUGGCAUUUGCGAGACCAUUAAAGUGUGGCGUUUUCCAGACCAUCGACCUAUCUCAGAAUUCUUACAAAAUAUUUCUAAUUGUUGAAUGUCUGUUCUGCCCCCCCCCCCCCCUUUGGAUUGCAGCAACUAUAUUACCAGCAUUUGUAAGGCAACUUCGCGACGAAACAGGAGCUGGAAUGAUGGAGUGCAAAAAUCCUCUAUCGGAGAGUGAAGGUAUCACUUGAUCUUUCACAGUUAAACGGGUCUGGAAGCUCUUUGACAUGGAAAGGAAUAGAAAAACCAGGAACAUUUACCAUUUCAUAACUUGAUCCUAAGAACUGAGUAGAUGCAGCAUCAUCGAGGUUUGGAAGAGUGAGAAAGAAAGAGAAUAAAACAGCUCCUGAAGAAAAGAAAAGGUAAGACAAAAGGUUGAAAUGUUUAGCUACAUCGUGUGCAUCGGUUGAAAACAUGCUGCAAACUAAAGCAACAAGGUUCAAGAUUAUGUGGAAGGUCUUCAAUGUUGACUUGGGGAAGAACAGUGAAGUUCAUGUUUGGUGGAAGUGUGUUCAAGAUUGAUUGCAUGGAAGGAGUUAGUGGACCAAGUGUGGGAAUGAGGAAUGUGAUAUGGUACUCAUUGUGAUGUUGGAGUAAUAGUUUUGCAAACUCAACUUGUGGAAUCAAAUGGCUCAAUCCAGGUGAAGGAACCAUAGCAAUGCAUGUUUUGUUCUCCAUGAUAUGUAAUUCAAUUUGAGAUGGCAAAUGAAAAACAAGAUAUCUUUGUAAGAUGGAUAUCUCUUGAAGAUGGUUUUAUAACAAUUUUUUUUUUUUGCCUAGAACUCUUCAAUUUGUUGACGAAAAUGCUCCGGUGGUAAUCUGGAGUACAGUCGGAAGAUAAAUAAUGUCCGAGUAGAAAUUGCUUUAUGUAGAUUUUCAAAGUUGGGUCCAACCAAAAGACAUUAACCAUUAGAGUGUACCAAUUAUACAAGAAUGUUUAAAAGUAUAGCAACGCAAUGCCUUUCAAGAAUAUUUUAAGGAACAUAAUUGAGCUUUUUGUGACAAGUGAUGUAAGCUCUUGCGUAUGUGAUUGUUUCUAUAAGGAAAAAAAUAAAAAAACUAUCUACUUUGAAUGCUCAAUGGUAACUUAGGAACAUGUAAUAAUGGAUGGACUUUUCCUCAUGACUAAUCAUCCACUAUUAAUACCAAAUCCUUCUUUUUUUUA